AGAGUUGAGGUUAUGUUAUUUAUUAGUGCUAGUAAAAAUGAUUAAUACCCGCAGUAUUUUCCAAUUUUCUCGUAUAUCCACCAGUUUGUGUUGUAGAUUAUCUUCGAGUAAGGAUACUUCAGUCGUUUCAAAUGUGAGCGAAUCUGAAAUCGCUGUUCAAAAAAAAUACGAUCCUAAAGACGUGAAGCCUUCAGACAUGGAAGUUAAGUUGGGAUCCCCAUCACACAUGACUUCAAUUCAAAAAGAGGCCCAAUAUUACAAGUUCUUGAAGCUUUUCCACACGGAAAAAAGCCAAAGAAGCGUAAUGCAGCAAUUGCAAGCCCCGAUUGAUUUCACUCCGAGUGGCAUUAGAAAUUGGUGGGCCCGGAAGAAAGACGAACAUGAAAUCAUAUCUCAGUCUUAUCUACCGCAGAGAAAUCAAAUGUUAGGCAAUGAAUUGGCCGCGGCUCAUUUUAUAGUGCAUCGUGGAGGGGCAGUAAAAUUCUACAACGACGCUGGUUGGAUAAAAGCCGAUGAAAAUAAUAAUUACGUUCUUCCGAGGCAUUUUCAAGACGAUAGAAUCCUUGAAGCCAUAGAUUGCACCAACAUGAAACUAAUGUACGAAGGAUUAGUUAAUUUAGCUGAUUUACAGGACGUUAAAUGGUUGAGUUUGAACGGUUGUGAAAAUAUUGACGAUUGGUGUUUAGAUAGAAUUAGCAAUUUAUUUAGCCAUAGUUUAAUUUAUUUAGAUCUAAGAAAUUGUACUAAUAUUACAUCGAGAGGACUCGCCACUUUGUAUAGACUAGAUCAUUUGAAAACACUGUACUUAGACGAUUUCUACAAAUCUACAAUAUUCGAAUUGACUUGCUUACUGUUGCAAGAAGCUAAGCCGGAUUUGGAAAUUACCAGUGAUCCUGUAAACUUUGAAAUCAAAUAAAUAUUUAUUGAAUUGUUACUUUUUGAAUUUUAUUAAUAACAGCAAAAUAUUCAUUUAUAAAGCAGAGAUAUUUAAUACAAAAUUAC